UUGAAAACAAGUAUUUUUUACGGGUGGUAUUGUCAUGCAGUAUUUGUAAACAACUAUUUCGUCAUCCUACUUCAGAAAUACUGCGUUUAGACUGCCAUUUUACACAACUUGAUGCUACGAAAAGGAAACUAUUAUUCAGGACCAUGACAUUACUGCUACGAAACCUGCAAAAGACGGUUGUUUUCGACCUGCCAAAGUUGAAAACGGACAUUAACUUGUUGAGGCGGAUCUUCCGAACUGAACGGUAUGACUUGGGAGUGAUUUGCAUGGAGGAUGGGCAACUACGAGAAAUGAACAAAAUGUACAGAGGGAGAAACGAACCAACGGAUGUACUGUCUUUUCCAUCCCAUGAAAGUUUAGCCCCUGGCCGCUUACCUGACCCCUGGAGUGACCUCGCUGACCUUGGAGACAUCUUCUUAGGGAUGCCAUAUAUUCAGAAACAAUGUGAGCUGGAUGGAACGGAUGUCGACACAGUAUUGCCUGUACUUGUGACGCAUGGAAUUUGUCAUCUCAUCGGCUACAAACACGAAUCAGAAGAACAAUUCAGACAGAUGCUGAAGAAGGAAUCAGAUAUCUUGAAGGAGUACAACAAGAUAACAAACAGUAACUUGAAGCCACUCACCAAGAAUGUGGAAAGUCAGUAUCAUUGAGUCGCGACAAGAUGCAAGAAGGAAACUUCUAACAUUCCUCUAAUAUGCAUAAACCGGCCAUUAGAGCUUUAUCACGUUGUGGCCAUCUUGAUUUUACUCCAUUCCAACUCAUUGUAACCAAACUGAGACUGGAGUUAACUCGUCCCAAGUCCUAAGAUUAAUCUUAAGUUAGAAAGAGUUAUGUGAAAUCGACGGCAACUCCAUUACUACCAAUCAAGUUAAAAUUCUGAAAGCAUUCACAGGGUUUCUUAUUGGGACUAUAAGACAGUGGCUGAAGAGAACCACUCCCACCCCUUCUGAAAUAAAUUCAUUGAUAUGAAAUAUUAUUUAUCAUGUUCUUGCUAAUAAUCAGCUAGCCUUCAGUUCUUAUAUUUAGAUACUGAUAGCUUUUUCAUGAAACUCUUCACGUUGUAAUUAAAUAGCUAGAUCACUUGUAAUAACUUAUAGUUGAGCAAUACUAAGAUUAUUAAUUGUACUUUGGAAAGUUGAUUGUAAAUAUUUUUAUACAAAUACAUUUGGUAAAUUUCCAAGGGAUUGUUUUUAAGUUGGAACUGUUUACUUCAAAAUAAAUGAGAAUUGGUGCAAGAGAAAUAAAACACAGUAAAAUAUAAUCUAGCUUUUUUUGAAUAUUUUAUUUCUUGUUUCAGUUUUAACAUUUUGUAUUUAAUAUUAUUAUCCGAUCUAACAGUGGAUUUUAAUACACUGAGAAGUUGAUGAAUAAUCAAGAGAUUUUAAUUAACAGGAUUACACCAUGAGUAAACCCCCCUGAAGGAAAAAUGGAAUCUUCCCAAAAAGGUUCUAUAACUUAAUUUAGAAUACUGUUAAAUAAUUUGUCUGCCAAACCCUACAAAUAUUUAGGGUAAAAUAAUCUACAAUCUAUAAUACAGGACUGAGGGUUCAUUUAUUUAACACAAAUAAAAGUAAGUUUAAUUAUUACAACCCAAAACAAUAAAAGAAAUUAAUGUAAAAGGACUUGUUUGUAUUCCCAGCUGUUUCAAGCGUCACAUUUCCAAAUCCUUAAUAGUUUUAAGAAAUAAUGCUAAAAUAAUAGGGAUUGUUAAAUGCCAAUAUCUUCAGAAUAAGGAUUUAGGUAACCCUUUGUAGUGACUACCUAAAGUUAUUCCUUUGAACAGUGGUCUGACGUUUCUGUUAUGCAUCUAUGGAUAAUAAUUUGGUUUGCUGCAAUAGCGUGUGUGUGUCUACCUGCUGGGUAGAUAAUGUUCUUGGAGAAUUUCGUCUUGCUUUAUAUUCUACUACAGCGAAGUAGAUUGUUCGGAAUUUGGAAGACUUCUCUACUACCGCAUACUCUCCCCAGAAGACUCCUGAAUUCCCAAAAAUCUACUCUGCGGUAACAGAAUAUAAAGCAAGAAGAGUUCUCAAAAGAACAUUAUCUACCUAGCAAAGAGCUACGCACAUGGUGUUACUGGGGUCCUAACUUAGGACCAUUCAUAGGAGAUAUUCAAAACUUAAGGCUUGUCCUCUAAAGUUAGACAGGUAACUAGUCUCAACUCGAAAUGAGAUUAGUCUUAACUCUUCGUGAAAUCCACUCCUGCAAACCAAAUACAUGUAGAUUGAUACCUCAUCAUGCAAUGCAUCUACCCUUACCCCACCCCCUGUUUCAAGGGUUUCUUAACUCAAACGUCCCUGGGCGAGGAUAAUAUGUGGGAGGGUUUUUCUACUCAUUUUUGAAAUGUUAACCUUCUAACAACUACAAUUGAUAUUCUAGAAAUAAUUUCAGCAGUGAUUUCUGUCGUCAUUAAAUUGAACAUCACUAUUUUAUUAUAGUCUAACUAGAGUAUUUGUUUAAUAUUAAAUGCACACAUAUUACAUGCUUCACUGAAACCACAAAUAUCCACAAGUAUUUACUUUUUAUAUAAUAUUAAUAAUUAAUAUUUAACAACAUUAUCUUCUUAGUCAUAUUCAGCAUAGUGAUCAACACAAAGACCGACCGCAGUUUUACAAUUCUAGCCGCCGAAUCUUAAUUUGUUAAGCUGUACAGACUUAAGAUCGACCUAAGAUGAUUACUGUUCCAAACCUGAUUUCCAUGACAACACAUUUUAUUCCACACUAAAGCAUUUUUUUUAUACACCUAGACAUUUGUCCAAUUUUACAGCAAGUUCCUUAAUAGAAUAUCUAUAAGCCAAAACGCAUGGACUUGAAGUAUUUAUUUAACAUCAACACUAAUAGAAGGAGUAACUAUUGAUACGGCAAUAUAUCGAUUGUUUCCCACAUCUGGACUAUCGCACAGCAUGAAUAUUGAGUCGGCAUAUAGCUAUGUACAUUAACAUUUUCCACAAG